GUCUGUUUAGCUACGCUAAGUGUUGUAUGUAUACGAUGUGAUACAAGGUGGCGAAGUUUGUUAGUUGGUGCUUAAAAUGUCGCAUAGAGGUGCUUGUGCAGAGACUGAAAGUGGAUGCCUACAUUAGACAAUAAUAAAAGCACAUAUGGAAUUUGUAUGCUAGUAGGUUUUAACUCUGUAUAUUCUUUGUGAUCACACAUUUUCGUUCACUGGUCUUUGGCUGUGACGUCACAUAAGCAAUGACAUGGCGGAUUUAUUUGCAAAAUACAACUGUACUUAUUGUCAGGAAGACAUCACAGGGCUGAGAAUAAAAUGUGCAGAAUGUUCAGACUUCGACCUAUGCCUACAGUGCUUUUCAGCAGGUGCUGAAAUAGGCCCACAUAAAAGUGAACAUGCUUAUCAAUUCAUGGAUUCAGGUGCCAUUGGCAUGUGCCUGGGUCGUGGGGGUUGGUCUGCUCGAGAAGAAUUGCAUCUUCUUGAUGCAAUCGAACAGUUUGGGUUUGGCAACUGGGAAGACAUAAGUAGACAUAUAGAGACUCGUUCUCCAGAAGAGGCCAAGGAGGAAUACAUUUCAAGAUAUAUAGGUGGUAGUAUUGGCCGUUUAACAUGGCCUGCGGCUGCCAGUUCCAGGCCAAACCUGAGUGACCAAACUAAUCCAGACUGUGGUCCACUGUCACCUGCACUCACUGCCAGACUUCCACCUUUGGAUGUUACUCCUGAUGAAGCUGCGCUACUUGGUUACAUGCCUCAACGAGAUGACUUUGAAAGGGAAUAUGACAAUACAGCAGAAUCCUUGGUGUCCUCGUUAUUUGUGAACAGUUUAGAAGAUGAAGAUUAUGAUGUUGCUCUCAAAUUGGCCCAAGUUGACAUGUACACUCGAAGACUACGAGAGAGAGCUAGACGGAAACGGGUAUCGCGAGACUUCCAACUGGUGUCACAGUUUUUCUCAGCCAACCGUAAAGACAGGCCUUCAUCAAGGAAGAAAUUAUCAAAGGAAGAGAAGGAGUUUCAUGACCACAUGAGAGUGUUCACACAGUUCCACACUGCCCAGGAGCAUGAACAGUUCCUCCAGAACUUGCAGAAAGAGAGAGAACUCAAGAUAAGGAUAAGUGAACUGGCAAGGUAUCGACGAAAUGGGCUGACGCGACAUGAAGAAUGUGCACACUUUGAGCAAGAACGAGUUCAGCAUGAAGAAUGGAAGGAGAAGAGAUCUGGCAGCAGUGGGUCCAUCCCCUCACCUCCAUCAAUGGUCCCAAGAAGAAGAGAAAGAAGCGAUCCCGCCUUAUCCUCCAGCGACGGAAAAUCAGUAUACAGAAGCGGCAAGCAUCCCAGCCUCGAUAACAGUAGGGAGGGGGCAGAGUCUGGUGGUGAGGCGAGCCAUCCAGAUAUCUCCACCCUCCCGGGAUACCACCUUCUUUCACCAUGUGAGAUUAAGUUGUGUUCUUCUUUGAAUUUGAAACCUUCUCAGUAUAUGACCCUGAAGAUGAUUCUACUACGGGAUUACAUUCAGAAAGGCCCAAAGAAAGAGGACUUACUGCCAACAACAUCUUCUGGGCCAGAGACCUACGUCCUCAACUAUCUGGUGAGCAGUGGAUGGAUAACAGCCAGUUAACCCAGCAUUAAUUUUAGAAACUGAAACAUCACAUUGUAUGUGACACUCAGCUUGUAUAAAAUUGGUGAUUUUGAAAGUUAUUUUGUGUUGUAGCCUUUCCACACAUAUUGUGCUUAGUGAGAUGGGCAUUGUGACAGUGCAGAGUAAUGCCUUUCAUCUUGCAGCUUUUACGUACAUAUAGUGCUGUCCUUUGUUACCAUCUUCUCAUGUAUUACAGUCAUGCCAACUUGUUUAGACCACAGGUCAUGUUCAGGUGUGAAUAAAUUGUUUUACAUACCUGUGGCCACUAAAUUACUGUGCAGUAUAAUUGGUUAACUUCUCCAAUGUAGCCGUUGUAGCAGUUGUUCAAAUGUUAUUUUAAUUUCUUCUGUUACAAGUUACAUGUAGAUUUCAAACUGUGCUGUGUGCAUUUCUGUUAUUAGAACUAAGAAGGAAAGAACAGCAGACUGGGGAUAAAAAAAAAUUGCAUAAGGGUGAGCUUGGUACCCUUGACCAUAUAAUAAUAGGAUGAGCACAUCAGGGGUGGGGGUUAUGUGCAUGGGAAAGAAGAGAAAUGUGCACACAGAUUUGGUUGAAAAAUGUAAAGAGACCACUUAGAAGAAGUGGGCAUAGAUGGAAGUAUAAUGUUAACACAUUUUAAAGUGACAGGGUGGUCAUGUGUAAACUGAAUUUAUUUUGGGAUAGGAUCCAGUGGCGGACUCUUGCGAACAUGGUACUGGACUUUCAAGUUCCAAGAAGACUCAGAAUAUGCUCGCUGUCUGAGCUGUUGUUAGCUUUUCAAGGAAGGCUUUGCCCAAUGGAAUCAAUUAGUUACUAAAAUUUAAUAUUAAUGAAAGUUGAAGGUGCCUUUUUUUACAUCAUUAAUUAAAAUCUGUAAAACUGAUUUAAAUUUCUUACUACUUGUAUUUUGAAUUUUGAAACUUAUUUCCUUAUUGUGGGGCUUCUGUGCCCUUUUGGAAGAUGCAUGGUUUUAUGUUUGUGUGGUUAUAAUAAUGAUUAAUUUCCUGGCACAUGUCGGUGUGUAUGUUCUCAUUAUAAGAACAACCCAAAGACCUUCAGUCAAAAUAUCUUGUUGUGACAGUGAUACAUGAGCAUAUUACAAGUUGUGUAGACAGUAAUAAAAUGCAAUAUUCAUAGACACACAAAACUGAAUGCUAUAGUACAAGAAAUAGUUAUGUUGAUAAUUGGAAGUUUAUUGUAAGUUCUGUUAAUUCCUGUCUUAACGUUUAGAAACUAGUGUUUUGUCCACUUUGGUUCAAAUUGGAAUUUAUUUUUAUCAUCUGAUCGUUCACUUUUUAAUUGUGGUUGAAUAUAUGAUAUUCAGAAGUGCAGUACAAUCACUGAAUGUUUAUAAAUUAUGUUACAUGCUGAAAACUAAAUACUUAUGUAAGAACAUCUGUAGAAAAUUGGGUUUUGAUCUUCAUAUCUUGACACUAAACUGACUGAAAGGUGACAUUGGCAUUUACUUCAGAAAUGUUUUGUAAUUGGAUGAAGAUAUUAAUUAAAUUUUCUGAUGAUA